AUGAAGAACGACAUUAGGUUCGGUCUUGGACAAGUUGGUGAUAUCGAUGAGAUGGAAGUCAGACUUUUCAUCAGCGUGCCACAAAUGUGGAUAGCCCCAGCAACAUACUGGAUGACCGAAGCAGCAAGACGAGUGGCGAAAGAAACCAAGAUCGUGAGCACCACACUCGUAUACGAACCACAGUGUGCAGUGGCGUAUAUACUGCGAAGAGUGUACGAGGCAUCGCUACUGCACGUCGGUAGUGUGGUUAUUCUAGCCGAUGUGGGAGGUGGCACCGGAGAUUUUGUGUCAUAUGAGAAGCUUACCGGGAAAUCGACGGGAGCACAGAUGCCAUUGAAGGCCAUGGGCGAAGCAGAAGGAGCACUCUGCGGGUCACAACACGUCAACGAGGCUUUCCUGAUGUGGCUCGAACAUACCGCACACGAUACUGGAAGUCAUCAGUCGUUGGGAGAAUGGUGUGACUCACUUCAUUCCGACACAGAUGAAGCUUUGGUCCAAGCUAACGAGGAGUUCGAAUGUGUCAAAAUGCAGUUCACCUUGCAACGACAAAGUGAAGUUCGCAUAUGGUCACCGGACAAUACCAAGUUCUGGCAUUUGACAAUCCCACCCGCACUGAUGGAGCAAUUCUUCGGGGAUGUGGUGCGUGAUAUCAUCAGAUGCAUCGAUGCACAGAUUGCUCCAACCACGACGAUGAUAAUCGCGGAGGGCGGCACGUUCAACUCACCAUAUGUUGAGACCAUUGUGCGCAACCACUAUCAAUCUCGAUAUCACUUCAUUCUCGKCGGUACGGAUCCGGCGGUGGAAGAUUCGCAGCACGUUUGCCUCGGAGCUCUGCUGAGAUUCCAUGACAUAGACACCAGUGCUUGCACAACAAGGAAUUACUUUGGCAUUGGGGAACUCCAGGUGUUCGACCCCGACAAUGUCAAUCACCGCGAUGCCACCACUCCAUGUCCACGAGGCGGGGARACAAGAAGGAGGGUGGAUGAAAUGUUCACCAAAGGUAUCGAUGGUGUUCGUGACAUGUUGGAGUAUCGCUGGAGAUCGAUCUCAGGUCACGGCUCAACAAACACUCUCGGGCAAGCUCACACGACAGAGAUGUGGCAUCUUUACUACACCGGAGUACAUGAAACGGCACUUGAGGACUUCGUCAUCUAUUGGACACAGCAUGAGAAACCCAAUGACAGCCCGAUUCUCCAACCGGCGACCCAGAAGUUGAGAGACGAUAUACAUCAGUGGGGACCAACCCUCAAGGCACCUUUACCGAAAUUCAAGGCGUUGGGUUUCCAGGCCAAAUUUGUAAAAAGUCGGGGGUACGUCUAUGAAUAUUGGAUCCGCUUCGAGAUCACAACAAACGGUCCCAACGUCUCUCUCUCUAUCCAGAUGGCGAUGCCGGACAAACAACCGUACCACAAAGUCUAUUCCAAAGAUUUGGAGGAGACAGGCGAGUGGGAGGAAGGUGACGAGAGCAAGGUGUGUGAGGAGGGAGGUUAUGGGUGGUACCCAGAAGCAAUUCCGUUACCUCCUGUAGCGGCGGCCGACAUGUACCCUCUGGUGGCCACUUUCAUUGUGGACCGAAACUUCAACCCGAAUGCUCGCGGGUAG